AAAAAGUGUACUUUGAUCACAAAGGGGCGAAGAAAAUUACCGUAAAUUCGGUUGAUUACCCAAACGAUGGUCUUAUUAGACCUUAGCAAUGACCGUGUUCAGUGAAGUAACCGCUGUGGUUUCUUCUGAUGUGAUAAAAACGGUGCCACUCUUCGCCAAGUUGAUUUCUGAUCUUGGAGGUGAAUAUGGACUUGACUGGUAUUACGAGUUGAGCAAUGGCGAGCCCAGUGGGACCUCAGUACAAACAGUUCCAGAUGACGUAGGCGCCUGUCUCCUCCAUGGGACAUGGAACAAUAUCAAAGAAUUCCAUGAUGUCUUAGAUACCAAGUACAGGCAAAGUCAGGCCCUUAGAAAGAUACAGGACUUGGCCUUCAGUAAACAGGCUCUGAUAGCUGAUGAUUCAGAUAGAAAUGAAAAGGUUGGCUCAUCAAAUGGAAAUGUUGAAGAAAAGAAUGAAAAUAAAGCUGAAGAAGAAGUCCCUGAAGAGGGAAUGCA